GCGUUCCUUGCCAUUCAGUCUGUUUUACAAAGCAACAAAUAUUUUCCGCGCAAAGCUAUCAGAUCAUGGCCGAAAACAAUCUUGGUUUUUCCGAGGACAACGAAAGUCCUCUUAACUUACACAGCUUGUUUUCACAACAGGCGAAAAAGUUCCCAGCUAACGUUGCAGUCGAGUACCAAAACGUUGAAUACAGUUAUUCCUAUCUCGAUGAACGAAGCACUCGAUUAGCGAGGUUUCUUUUGGAAAAGUUUCCAGUACGGCUUGAGAGUGUUGUAGCAAUUUUGCUCCCUCGUUCUGCAGAGUUAUACAUCAGUAUGCUUGGCGUGCUGAAAACUGGAGCAGCGUAUGUGUGCAUUGAUCCACAGCACCAGAGAAGUCGUCUUGAUUUUAUUUUGAAAGACACCAAAGCAGUUUUGCUCGUUACAACACAUGGUGUCCAAAAAGAACUAGGCGUAGAGCCUGAGGAUACAAGUGUCRUUGACAUCAAGAGUGCUUUGGUUAACAAAGAGAUCAAGUCGUUUAGUGCCGAUCCGCUAAACGUCACAGUACAACCUUCAAAUCUCUGUUACAUCAUCUAUACAUCUGGAUCAACGGGAAACCCAAAAGGCGUGGAGAUUGAACACAGAACCGUGUUGAACUUUAUUGACGCGGAGUUAGAGAUCUAUCCUGUUGGUGUACGGGACAGAGUUCUGCAGGGAUUUUCUCCGAGUUUUGAUGCUGCAGUGGAAGAAAUCUGGCUCGCCUUCAGCACAGGUGCCACACUUGUUGCUGCCACACCGGAGGUAAUGCAGUCAGGACCAGACCUUCCAGCCAAUCUAGAGAGACUAAACAUCACAGUGUUCUCGACUGUGCCUACCCUACUGAGGACUCUAGACAUCACGAGUGUAAAUCUGCCUCUUUUGAAGCUUUUGAUUGUGGGAGGAGAGGCUUGUGGAGAAGAUCUGAUCCCGUGGGGGGAGGGAAGAAUGUUUGUGAAUUCGUACGGUCCAACGGAAACGACAGUGGUAGCUACGGCGUGUGUUGUCGCGAAGGGAAAGACGAUUACCAUCGGGAAACCGCUGAAGAACUACGAGGUUUGUGUGCUGGAUGACAAGCUAGAAGAAGUGCCAAAAGGACAAAACGGAGAACUGUGUAUCGGUGGAARAUGUUUAGCAAGGGGAUACAGGAACCUGCCUGACAAGACAAGCCAACAGUUUAUCCUGCACCCGGUACACGGGAAAAUAUACCGUACCGGGGACUUGGUACGGUACACUGAAGAUGAUGAGUUGGAGUACCUUGGAAGAAUCGAUGACCAGGUCAAAAUAAGAGGUUUCCGGGUUGAAGUCAGUAGCAUUGAGUCGCACGUACAAAGACAAGACAAUGUCAAGAUAGCGGCAGUAGUAGUGACGUCACCAUCACCAGGGCAACAGUCUGUCAUAGCACACAUCACCCUAGAGGAUAAAGCUAAAGGAUUUGAUGCACUCGCUGCUGUCACCAACAUAAAGGCAUCGCUACCAGACUACAUGGUACCUAAUGGUUACGUCAUCCAUGACGUCAUGCCCACACUGGCCAGCGGUAAAGUAGACAAGAAGAAGCUGAAAGACCUGAAAGCUGAAAUACAACCUUUCAAAGCAAGCAGCACUUACAUUGCUCCUCGUAACGACACGGAAAGGAUGAUAUCUGAUGUCUGGCAAGCGAGUCUUGGCUGCCAAAAUAUUUCUAUUAAGGAGGACUUCUUUGAUCUGGGAGGGCAUUCGGUCAUUGCAGCUAUGGUUGUAAGUGAGCUGAGACGACGAGGCAGUGAUAUAUCUGUACGAGAUCUCUAUCUUCAUCCAACCAUGGAGUCACUAUCGAAGUCCAUCACCUCAAAAGCCUCAGGAAAUAAGUCAGAUGACGUGUCGGUUCACAUCCCUACCACACCAAGAAUUGGACAGCCGCGCUAUUACUUGUGUGGAAUACUUCAAGGCUUAUGGCUACUUCUGAUGCUCAGCACGUCAAUCACCUUUGUAAUGUUCUUGUUUUUAACGUUCCUCGACGUAUACGAGUUAGUCUACACGAGUGCUGGAAUCCAAGGAAUCACGUGGUUGUUGCUAGGUCUUCUGUUGCUAUCAAUACCGCUGUACAUUACCUACACUAUUUUGCAGGCCUUUAUUAUCAAGAAAAUAUUUCUUGGUUGCGUGGAGCCUGGGAUCUAUGCGCUGUGGAGCAUGUAUUAUCUGAGAUGGUGGAUUGUCACGUGGACGAUGUCGUGGGUACCUACUCAUCUGUUCUCUGGUACGCCAUUGAUGACCAUGUACAUCAGACUGAUGGGUGGACGGAUAGGUUCUGGGGUCUACUAUAACACCUAUUCUAUCUGUGAUUUUGACCUGCUGAGCAUUGGAUCCAGCGUAUGUAUCGAGUCUAAUGCAUCGCUUGACACUCACCGGGUCGACCAAGGGACGUUGUUUCUUGGACGCAUCAUCAUUGAAGAUCACUGCUCCAUUGGAACGAGAUCAGCCAUUGCAUUCAAUAGUAUCAUCAGGAGAAACACACGCGUAGAACCGCUAACCUUAGUGACUGAUAACAGUGUGAUUGAGGAGAAUUCACACGUUCAUGGUUCGCCGGCGACGAUCAUCAGUAACUGCAGUGAUGCCAAUGAACAGAUUAGUCAACCAAAACCAUGGUCUUGGUCAAUAUGGGUUGCCUGCGGUCAAGUAGGGUUCAUGGCCUUGUAUGGACUCGUGUUUGCAGUCCCGUAUGUACUGGUCGUCAUGGUAAUCGUGAUGGUGCCGUAUCUUAAAGAUGCCUUCUAUGAGCUUAAGAUGGAUAUCAUUGCUAUGGUGAUUCCUGUCAUUGCAGUCUUCAGUCAAACAAUGCAUCUUCUACUUACCGCUGCCUUAAAAUGGCUGCUGGUCCGUCGCCUUGAUCAAGGUACUUUUUUCAUUAAUUCUUCAACGUUCGUUCGCUACUGGAUACUGGAAAGAAUCAUUAUUAUAGUCCUAGAGUCAAGUAAAGAGCUCUUUGCAACUCUCUACACCAAUCUAUGGUUAAAAGCUUUAGGAGUGAAAGUCGGGCCACAUGUAGAAGUAUCAACAGCCUUCAAUUUUGUGCCCGAUUUGCUGGAGCUUAAAGAAGGAAGUUUUGUCGCUGAUCACGUGUCAUUAGGCGGCGCUGUCUUCAAAAACGGUCACUUUUCCCUCACAAAGGCCGUCAUUGGUCAGCGGACGUUCCUAGGCAACAACAGUGUAGUUCAAGCCCAGUCCUUCGUCAGUGAUAAUGCAUUGAUUGGCGUUCUGAGUAUCACACCUGAUAUUGUUGAAAGCAAGACUUUCUGGUUGGGUUCACCGGCUUUCCGUCUUCCAGCACGAGCUCAAGCCAACAAAAUCCAUUCUUCAUCACGUACCUUCAACCCACCUUGGUACUUGUAUGUUAGUCGACUGAUAUGGGAAUUCUUCAAGCUUUUUUCCCCGCCAUUAGUUCGACUGUAUGCACUGUUUGGGUUCUGGAUGCUUGUUGCCAAAGUAUCUUAUCCUGUGUUCCAAAGAGGCACGCCACUCUUCUGGUUAUCAGCUUCCUUUUGGUCCCUAGGAAUCGUAAUCUGUGUCUUAUCACUGGUCAUCCUGAUGAAGUGGAUUCUGAUUGGUCGAUUCCGUCCCGGUGAAAGACCAUUAUGGAGUAGCUUCGUGUGGCGGUCAGAGCUGAUAGCUUCAUUGGAGGAAAACAUCGCGAUGCCCUUUGGAGUAUCAGGCUUGCUCGGCACACCGAUGGCCGCGUAUUGGUACCGAGCGAUGGGAGCUAAGAUAGGAUCACGUGUCUACAUGGCCAGUGAAUACCUGACAGAAGCAGACCUGAUUGAGAUAGGAGAUGAUUCUUGUAUAGCUGGUGGCUCUACUAUCCAAUCACAUCUCUUUGAAGAUCGAGUCAUGAAGAUGGACAGACUGAUCAUUGGUAAUGAGUGCACUGUCUGUAGUGACUCUAUCGUACUCUAUGGCGCCAAAAUGGAAGACCGCUGUACGCUCCUGCCUUUAUCGCUUUGCAUGAAGUCAGAGCACCUUAAACACACCGCAGUGUAUUGUGGGAUACCUGCCAGGGAAGUUGCUGCCGAGUUGCAUCAUGGGUAUCACAUUAAUUGGCAGCUGUCAUUAAAGCUGAAAGAAAAAUAUUUAGGGAAAAGCAUAAGCAAUAUUGAGCUGACUGGCUUUAAAAAGCUGGACGAGGAGUCUUAAACUACGUUUCCUGGCUCAUAUUGGUACUAAUGGUAACCCGUGAAAACGUCAGGACAUAGUUUUUGAAUAGUGUUAAGAAGUCAAUAAAUUGAAAAAUAAGCCAUACAAAAGGAAUGUGUCUCCAGUUUCGAUUUCACCUUAUGUAAAAUGGAAGAGAGUUCCAUAAUUUUUGUCCAGAAACUCGCUGAAAGCACGGUCCCCCUCAAGUAAUAUAAGGAUGAUUCGGCUUUUCAGUCGAUAAACUUAAUUUUAUGAUCUUGAAUAUAGAGUUUCUCGAGCUGUGAUUGGUCGA